CACUGCAGUUAACCCUACAGUAGCAGCUCCACCACAAACCUCAGCUGUAGCUAGUCAGACAAACCAACAUCUUGGAUAUCCUCAACCACCUGCUGCAACACCCUACAUCUCUACACACCAACCCUCUACCCAUGCAUUUCAACCACAAUCCAUACCUCAACACCUAAACCAAGGUCCCUUUUACAACCCAUUUCCGUAUCAUCCACUCCCACCACAAUAUCUCCCACAGCAGUCUCAUGUAGUAUACCCACACAUCCCUCCUACUCCUACUUACCUUCCCUAUCCCUACUUUCCUCUGCCAUACCAACAUGGCCCACCUCCACAAGUAGCAACCUCUGCAGUCUUCCCACACAAUGUCCCAGAGACUGGUGCCCCUGCUGCCAAGAGACCUAGAGAACAGUCACUAGUGAGGCCACACCCCCAGCCUCGCCCACUCCCCAGUCAACAGCCUUCUACAAUUCAGAGGAAACCACCACUAGUCACUCAGUACAUUGACUAUGUGAGGACAGUGUACAAAGUCAGUGAGUAGAGAGAGAUACACGUACUGCAAAAUGGCCCCCAACUCCCAGUAAGGUCUACAUCAAUCUGGUAUGUAUAGACCGUACAAAGGUUGGGCAAAGGAGUGAAUACGAAGAGGUGACAAAGGCUAUGGUUCGAUAUGGUGAUGUUGAUGUCGUACAUGGCAAAAAGUGGCCAAUCGACUUUAAUGAAAUAGCAGCUGGGAUUCCUGAUAUUGGUCUAGAGCAAGUUGUACUAGUGGAGGGUGCUCCAGGUGUGGGCAAGUCAACAUUUGCAUGGGAGUACUGUAGGAGGUGGGAGAGAGGGGAGAUAUCUCAGCAGUACCAGUUGGUCCUACUUCUCAGACUCAGAGAUGAGAGAAUGAGCAAAGCCAAGACUCUCAGGGAUCUAAUCAUGCAUGAUUCAGAAGAUGUACGUCAAGCAGUAACUGCUGAUCUGGGGCAGAGUCAUGGUUCAAAAACACUAAUCCUACUAGAGGGGUUUGACGAGCUUCCAGACACCUGUCGUACUCCACAGUCUAUAUUCCUUCGACUUAUAUGUGGUGAGCUAUUGCCGCUGGCUACUGUGAUGGUCACCAGUCGACCUUGGGCUACAGGAAUGUUUCUUGAGCAUUACAAGCAUCGUUUGCUCCAACAUAUUGAGAUAAUGGGCUUUACCACUCAACAAAUAUCAGAAUAUAUAAAGAGUGCCUUACCUGAGAAUGAAGCUAAAAACCUGGAGUCUUAUGUUAACAAUCGUCUUCAGAUCAGAGGCUGCAUGUACAUCCCUCUGAACAGUGCUAUUGUGGUGACAGUAUAUCAGGACAGACAGGCCAGUGGGUGUCCUCUGCCUACAACACUAACUGAACUAUACACUGAUCUGGCACAAAUACUGCUAGUUCGAUACCUACAUGGUCAUCCCGAGCUGGAGAAAGGCAGUGAUAAACAUAGAAUUAGGAUUUUUAAAGAUCUGAAUGUCCCACAUGGAGUUAAGAGAUAUUUUACUGAACUGUGUGAAUUAGCAUACAGAGGCAUCGUAGGGGAAAGUGAAGGGACUUUUGAAGACCUAUCUUUGUUACAGAGGCAUUGUAAGGGAAAGGCAGGUACAGCUGAUAUUCAAAGAGUCGGAGCUACCAGCAGACUUUGACAAUCUUGGGUUCAUGGACUCUGUCACUGAGCUCUAUGUAACUCGUGGGACAGUCUCGUCCCACAACUUCCUACAUCUGACAUUUCAGGAGUUCUUUGCUGCAGUCCACAUCUCUACCAUGUCACCA